AUGAAAGUGUGUUGUAUAAGCUACGCAGCCUAUGAUAUUUUGUUAUGGCAGCCUGAGCAGACUGCAACAGGAAUCUCCAAACACCACAUGGACUCUCUGGGCUUGGUGUUCCAGACUUCCCAGCGUGGGCCCAGGAACACCCAGUGCUCCCUGUCCAGACCACCAAGUGUCCAGCUUUGGUUGGGAAAGUCCAGAAUCGGUAACAGCAAUGCGCAUCCAUUUGCCACCCUGCUCCACAAGGCCUUCGGAACCCAGUUCACUGAGGUUCAGGAAAAAAAUCCCAGGAGCGAAGGUCAGCAAGGGCAGCAUGGUGCUUUGCCUCCUUUACCUGCCCGGUUUCCUGCAGCCAGCUGGGCUCCUCAGAUGGCCUGGUCUCAGCACAGUUUUACACAGCUGAGUCCACCUCAGAAUAAAGUCAUGGAACGUUUCUGGAGAAGCUAUUCAGCACAGGAAGCUGCUUCGAAGCCACGAGUUAGUGAUGUCUGGUGA